AUGUCUUAUAAGUCUGGUUAUAUCGAGUCCUCUAAUGGCCCUCACCGCGAGAACUCGAAGUCGAGAGUCGAAGACUCUCGACAUGUGUAUUGUCCUAUUGAAUCCAUACCCUAUGGGUCCUCGUCACUCCGCUCUCCCCCCAGUACUCGACAUACGACAUCACAUCACGAUCAUGGAGAUCGUGACUACCUUGAGGCCCACUUUCCCGUGAUGCCGGCACGUUCGCUACGCGAACGCCAAGUCGCUGCCCAUCCACCGUCUGUUCCCUCCUUUGUCAGUCAUCAUGUUUCCCCACCAACGGUACGUUCCCUGUGGGAAUGCCAAGUCACCGAAGGCCCUACUAGUCAGUCCUCAUUGCACGCUUAUGACAUCAACCUGCUACCGGUACGUUCGCACUGCGAACGCCAAGUACCCGAUGGCAUCCAUACGAAGUUCUCACCCAUCUCACAAGUUGUGACCUCGCACAUGGUACGCUCCAUUGAGGAGCGCCAAGUACCCGUGGCUGACCCGUCCGUCCUGGCAUCUCCGACUACCUACCAUCAAUCCCUUAAUAGCUCACUACAUCACCAAUCGCGAUCGACGGGAAUUUGA